AUGGAGGACAACAAGGACAAGAUUGACGACAGCGUUGUGAAUACCAUGACUGACGAUCUCAAGGCCGACCAGAGCGAUGAUGCUGACCAACUGGACAAGCUUGAUCAGGUUGACGGCUACAUGAAAGAGGCACCCUCAUCCCCUCCUGCCAUCACUGCGAAAAAUCAGUUCCCCUUCUUGAACUUGCCACCUGAGAUCCGCAUCAUUAUCUACGCAAUGGUCAUCGCCGACAUGCCCCGCACUCAAGACCCAAAUCACCCUGUGGGCGAGUUCAACCUCUGCCAGCCCACCCUGGCAAAGAAGGAGAAGAAUUUCGGAAUUUGCAUCUACCCCAAGCGGCACUCCGAGGUCGACCAGGUCUGGCAGGACUUCGUCGACCGGUUCAAAGCCCACACCGCCGGCGCAGACGGCAGCCACCACCUCUCCCGCAUCCAGCACCUCCAGGUCGAGCUCUGGCACCCCGCCUUUGGCCCUGGCUUCGACCACCACCGUCUCCAACAGGGAUCCGGCGCAUUCCCCUUCGACAUGUGCAACGGCGUAUACAUCCGGUUCGGGGCCUUCGCCAGGCCGUUGCGCCACAACGUCGGCGUCCUAAACACCGACUGGACCAACCGCGAUGCCGUCCGGGGUCUAAUCGGGGCCAGCAUCGUGGAGAGCCGCCACGACUGGUUCCCUGGCAGGCUCGAGCGCUUCUGGGACACAUACCCUUUCGAGCGGCUGGUGGAUCUGGUGAUGAUGAUCGCCGGUGAGUGCAAGGAGGCCGCGGGUUCUCUCCACAUCGCAACUUCGUUGCCGCCUCUUUACAGCUGGUUCUAG